GUGUAGGUCACACACACAGUCAUCAGCUUCACGCUUUGGUUUUUCGUUGCUGCGUGCUGUGACAUCUCUUGUCAAAGUAUAUAUUUGCUCUUAAAUAACUGAGUUCACUUUGAUUGUAGUCUAUACCUGUGUUUUUCUGUUAUUACUAAAACGUGAAUAACGACUUGUCAAGUUAGAUAUAACGCCUGAUCCAGCUUUCUAAUCUUGACUAAAUGGUUCAUGAUUCUUACGUUAAGGAACACAUAGCGUUUUAAACAUACGAUGUUAAGGAAUAUUUGUAGGUAUCAAAGGCAGUUUGGCCAGAUCAUUUGGCCAUUUUCUUUUCCUCAAGAGCAGCGUGUUAAUAGUUUAUCAACACAUCUACAGAAGGCAAAAAAUGCCAGUGCCACAACAGAGAGAAAAAAAUUCUACGAGAAUGUCUCGAUAUCUCAAGGUGAAGGGAGCCUGUUUGAAAUCAACCUUGACAAACGAAAGCUGAAGACUCCAGGCGGAAAGUUGUUCACAGUGCCUAAUGAAGCUCUUGCUAUAGCUGUUGCUACAGAGUGGGACAUUCAGAAGGACACGCUGAUGUUUUACACCAUGCAUUUAACCACCCUUAUUAACACGGUGCUUGACAACCCGACACAAAGGACGAAGGAACAAAUGAUCUCAGCAGCUCUCAAGUUUUUGGAGACUGACACAAUCUGUUUCAGAGUAGAAGAACCGCCAGGUCUUGUGGAGCUUCAGAGGAAUGAAUGGGACCCUGUAAUGAACUGGAUAGAACAAAGGUACAAUGUAGUAAUUGGCUCUUCCUCCAGUAUAAUGGGCCCUCAAAUCCCAGAAGAGACUAAGAAGACAUUUAAACAGCACCUUAAUUCCUACAAUUUAUGGUCUCUGACAGGGUUUGAGUAUGUGAUCACUCAGCUGAAAUCGCUGGUCUUGUCCUUUGGGCUGAUUGACAGACACCUCAGUGUGGAACAAGCGGUUGUCCUGUCCAGGCUUGAGGAAGAAUACCAGAUCCAGAGAUGGGGAAAUGUGGAAUGGACCCAUGAUUAUGACAUGCAUGAGUUGCAAGCACGAACAGCAGCUGGUGUAAUGUUUGUGCAUCUGUCUUCUGAAAGCACAGCUGUCAAGAGAAACAUUUUACAGGACUGAUAAGGCCAGAAAGGCACUGUUUGAGAUUGAAAUAUAUUUCUUUUUUGUUCUCUGGCCUUGUUUUAUAUAUACAUACACACACACACACACACACACACAAAUAUAUAUAUAUAUAUAUAUAUAUAUAUGUAUAAAUAUAUAUACAUACAGAGAGAGAGAGAGAGAGAGAGAGAGAGAGAAAGCUGCAGUACCAGUUACCUAACUAGUAAAAUGCUGUUCCUGUCUAGUUAUGUUUUGAGUAAUAAUAUAUAGAUGUCUAAAGGUCAUGAUAUGUAUUUUUUGUUUCAACAUAUGCCACAUGGAAAGACUGUAAAUACAAAAUCCCAGUAGUUUGAAGCCGAAGCUGUGAAACGGUUUAGUAAAUGAGUUGGAAACUAACUAAAUAAAAAGUUUUGAUAAAUUGCAA